GCAUACUUAAUACGUCAGCAUUUCAAAUUUCAAGAUGGAGGCACCCUGGAUGCAAGGCUGUGGUUGGAAAUUAUAAAGGUGUUGAUAUAGUAUAGAACUCGUGUUUUAUCUAGUCAUUCUGACAGGACUUCUGGUUUGUAAUUCUCGUGACCUUACCUAAUGGCAAUACAUUAGCUGGCGAUACCUUGUAGAAUACGACAAAAUGAACUCAGACGUUGAAGACUUGAUGCCUAGGCUUCUGCCAGUGGAAGCAUCAGAUUCUGACGAAUUAGCUCUCGGUGAAACUCCCAGAAAUCCAAAAGAAUAUCUCAGACAGGUUCAACGUGAGGCGUCACUCUGUCCAGAUGUUGUUGUUGCGAAUAUUGACCCCAAAAAACUGAAGAAACCAACUGUUAAUGUCUCGUUCACGGCAUGUCAAGCUGCUCCCGAUGGCUAUUCACCGAGUUUGAAGUGGCAGCGAAAGCAAGUCAGUAACUUCUCAGAUAUAAGACAGAGUGUCCAGAAGCACAGACAACAGUGGAGGGGGAAGGUCAUUGAUGACAAUGUAGUUAUGCCAAAGAUGGAUAAUGAAGAAGGAUGGAAAAGGUUCUGCCUGGGUGAGAGUGUUUAUCUGGGCUCUAAGGUUGACCAAGGAGACAGUGAUGCUCCUGGUCUCAACUAUGUGAAGAUUGGGUUCCCACCUUUCCUCAGUAUCGUAAGCCGAUUAAAUCAGGCUACUGUUACUGCAGUGCUGGAGUAUUUGAAUAACUGGUUUGAAGAGAGAUCAUUUGUCCCACAGCUGGGUAGGUGGCUAUAUGCAUUGUUGGCUUGCCUCGAGAAACCUCUUCUCCCUGAGGCACAUUCCCUCAUAAGACAACUAGCCAGACGAUGUGCGAGUGUACGAGCCACUCUGGAGACCAAAGAUGACGAAAGAUUGUCGGCACUUAACUUGUUGAUAUGUCUGGUUGCCAGGUACUUUGAACAGAAUGACUUGGCAGAUAACGACUGACUGGAUUUCCAGAUAAACGGAAGUGGAUACAAUGAUGCUUAAUGUUGUACCUAUGGCCUGAUUGGCCAGUGUAUGAGACUUCCCUGACUCAGAUGCCUUAUUUUAUUCAUUUUAUACAUGCAUACAUGCAUUAUGUGUCACACAGUGGGGUAGCUUCAUGUGAUUCAAUUCUGUGAAAUAAAAUAUUAUUUGUAGAUA